GGCUCCGUGCUGAAGCAGCGUCUGGCCCUGACGGUCAUCGAGUCGAAGCCCGCCAGGUCCUUGGCGGGGCGCGCCUGGCGCCCCUCCGAGCUGCUUGUUGUGCUGGAACUUCUCGGCGUUGUCCUGGAGCACCCUGAACUGGGUGGCGGGCUGCGUCUCCACGUCCUCGGGCGCGGCGUGCACGGCCUUGUGGGGCCGCGCGUUGUAGGCCUCCGUGGCGUCGGCCACGUGGUCGUCCCACUUGCCGCCCCGGCGGGCCACCUCGCCCGCGAGGUCCUUCUUCAGCGUCUGGAUGGUUCGGUCCACCACGGCCGUGGCGUUCCGGUCCUCGGGCCGCUUCUGGCGGUGCACCACCCCCUGGGGCAGGUUCGCCGGCCAGGCCUAAGACAAAGGCCAAACCGAGGAAGGAUGGCUGAGGAGGCGGCGCUGGACCUGCUGCGGCGGCUGGCCGGCGACUUCAAUGUGAGGGACGCCCGGAAGCUGUACCAGAUCGCGAAGCGCGAGUUCCCCGACCAGCCGGCCGUCACGGUGAACCGGGCGAGGGACGCCCUGAGGGGGGAUGUAGCGAGGCAGGUGCUGGCCCCGAAGCCCCGGAGCCUAGGCAAGAGUGCGGCCGAGGGGCCCAACGACCGCCUGCAAGCAGACUUGAUCGAUUUUUUCCAGAACACAAGGAGCGCCAAGAAGUACGGCCUCGUGGUCACCGACGUCUUCACCAGGGAGGCGGUCACCAGGGCUCUGCCCAACAAGAACGCGGAGACGGUGGCGCGCGCGGCCGCGGAGGCGAUCCCCGACCUCGUCCAGGACGAGGGAAACUACGUCGUGACCACGGACGAGGGGAACGAGUUCCGCACCCUGGAGGCGAACCUGCCACAGGGGGCGGUGCACCGCCAGAAGCGGCCCGAGGACCGGAACGCCACCGCCGUGGUGGACCGCACCAUCCAGACCCUCAAGAAGGACCUCGCGGGCGAGGUGGCCCGCCGAGGCGGCAAGUGGGACGACCACGUGGCCGACGCCACGGAGGCCUACAACGCGCGCCCACACGAGGCCGUGCACGCCGCGCCCGAGGACGUGGAGACGCAGCCCGCCACCCAGUUUAGGGUGCUCCAGGACAACGCCGAGAAGUUCCAGCACAACAAGCAGCUCAUGGAGGGGCGCCAGGCGCGCCUGCAGCAGGCUGGCGCCUUCCGCGCGCCCACCAACGCCAACCGGAGCUUCCAGCCCAGCUACGGCCCAGCCAAGGACCUGGCGGGCUUCGACUCGAUCACCGUCAGGGCCACGGACGGCAGCGAGACGCUGCUGAAGCACGCGCUGCCGGUGCCCAGGGGCAGCGCGGAGCCCAAGGCGGCUCUAACGCGGCGGCCCCCGCCCGCGCCCGUGCGGCAGCUGCGGGACUUUAACGCAGGCCCAGCAGUCCGCUUGGCGCCUGCAGACAGGCCGCUGCGGCGCUUGGAAUAG